AUGGGGCUGCCGCGACUCCUCCUCGUCGUCGCCGCUCUCUGCGGCGCCCAGCGCAUCCCGGAGCUGCCGAGCCUGCCCGUGCCCAACGAGCCCUUCGCCGUCCUCGAGCACGUGAAUUUGAACUCGGGCCGGGCCUGGGACCGGCGCGUCGACGCCUUCUAUUUCGAAGUACUGCGCUGCGCGCGCGACAGCCGCGCGUCCCACACGCUGACGCGGACGAACGAGGCGCGCGAGUUUCGCUCGCAGCCGGCCCUGGCGAACCUGUCCUGGGCGAACGUGGGCCUGCAGCAGUUCCACCUGCCGGUCGGCGACGGCAUGGAGGACGGGGACGGGCACCACUUCCAGACGAUGCGCGGCGAGAUCGCGCUCCUCUACGCCCGCGGCGCCCUCGACGACCUGCGGGCGCGCCUCGAGGCCUGGGGCGCGGAGGUCGACGACGAGUUCCGCUUCGAGGGGCCCUUCGGCAACCGGUUCGUCGUCGAGGCCGUCGACGAUUCGAGGUCGCGCGAGCUCGUGGGCCCCGUGAAGGGCGUCAGGAAGGGCGGCAUGGACACGAUGUUCAUGGGCAUCUCCGAGGGUGUCGGCAUCCGCGGCGUCGCCUUCGACGUGCCGACGGGCGCCGCGAAGAAGAUCUGCAAGUUCUACGACUUGGUCUUCCACGCGAAAACGACGCUCUCCAAGGGCGCCUGCGCCGUCGCCAUCGGCUUCGAGCAGCGGCUCACGUUCACGGACGUCGCCGGCGACGUGCCGGCCUACGACGGCCACCACCUGGCCAUCUACGUCAACGGCGACGCGUGGACGGCGACCUACGACCAGCUCUUCGUCCGCGGCCUGCUCUACAACAACCCGCGCUUCCCCCAGUUCAAGUACGACUCGCUCAAGGACGCCCUCGAGCACAACGAGUUCCGCAUCCGGGGCUUCCCGGACCUCGACGCCGGCUCGAGCAGCGCCUGCGACGACGCGUCGCGCGCCUUCGACGACGCGACGUCCGUGCGGAGCGUGUCCUGGGCGCCGAGCCCCGUGCCGCGGCCCCGCGACGACCGCUGCCGGCGGCGCGCGCGGUCCGAGGGCGGGGAGCCCCGGGCGCCGCCGCCGCUCCGCUGCGGCGUCUGCGCCGGCCCCGUGGCGAGCGGCUACCGCCACGUGCUCGCCUGCUGCGUCCGCGCGGUCUGCCGGAGCUGCCGCGGCGCGGUCCGCGGCGGCCACGUCUGCGGCUGCGGCGUCGCCCACCCGCUGCCCGACGCCGAGAUCGUCGCGCGGCUCGAGGCCCACGCCGCGAGGGGCCACGCCGCGGCGACGACGCGGCUGGGCGUCGCGGCCGGCCGCGGCCACUUCGGCCUCCGGCCCGACGCGGCGCGCGCCGCGGCGCGCUUCGACGCCGCGGCGGCCCUCGGCGACGCCGCGGGCCAGUACAACCUGGGCUUGGCUUAUUUAGCGGGCGACGGCGUGCGGCUCAACAAGAGCCGCGCGGCCAAGUGCUUCCGCGACGCCGCGGACCAGGACUUCCCGCCGGGCCUCCACAACCGGGGCAUGUGCUACGCCUUCGGCACGGGCGUGCCCAAGGACCACGCGCGCGCAAUCGAGCUCAUCACGCGCGCCGCGGCCCUCGGCGAGCCCAACGCGGCCUUCGCGCUCGGCCAGUGCUACCGCACGGGCACCUUCGGCGUCGCCGCGGACGCGCGCAAGGCGCGGGCCUGCUUCGGCCGCGCCGCGGCCCUCGGCCACCCCGACGCCGCCGCCCUCGUCGCCGGCGACGACGGCGCCGCGUGCAAGCUGGUUCAACAUGGACCUGGUGGUUGCUUACUUGGUUGCUCGAUGGGCUUCCACCUGGGGCAGCUCCGCGUGCUGCUCGGCGCGCUCGUCGCCGCGUCCGUCGUCGGCGACGACGUGGGCGCGUCGCCGUUCCCCUUCGACGUCCAGACCUGCACGGGCAUCAGCAGCUCCCAGGAGUGGUGGAACCGGACGCGCGACGCGGGCUACGACGCGAGCGUGCGGCCGAACCACGCCCUGGUCCUCGCGACGGGCCGGGGCGGCCACGGGGACCCGGACGUCGUCGAGAUCCAGUUCCGCCUCCUCGAACUCAAGGAGGUCGACUCCAUCCGCCGCGAGUUCGCGAUCCUCGUCUACGAGCGCAUCUGGUGGACGGACCCGCGGCUCGCGUGGUCCGUGGCCGACGACGCGUGCCUCGAGUCGCUCGACAUCAUGCGCUACGCGGGCGACAUCUGGCAGCCCGACGUCGUCGUCGAGAACAUCGCGGGCGUGGGCUUCCCCUCCGAGGCGUCGGCGAAGCCGGAGAUGCUCGUCGUCACGCGCGAGGGCCGCAUCUGCUCGAGCAAGAUGAUCAUGCUGGCGCUGAGCUGCGACAUGCACUACGGCCGCAUGCCCUUCGACACGCACCGCUGCCCGAUCCUCGCCGCGUCCUACGUCCACGGCUCCGCGGACCUGCGGGUCGUCGCGCGCGGCGGCACGCCGGGCGUCGGCGGGAGCGGCGUGAGCUUCUCCUCGGGCAGCCACAUCAAGAACCCGAUCUGGGUCGUCGCCGAGGCCGAGCCCGUCCACGUAUCCGGCGAGAACGUCGUCUACGACACGGACGGCCUGCGGAGCAUCCGCCGCGAGUCGAUCCUCAGCGACAUCGACCAGGACUGGGACUACGUCGAGGCCUCGCUCAAGCUCGAGCGGAAGGCCCGGUACUUUUACGUCAACGCCAUCAUCCCCGACGCCAUCUUCAUGAUGUUCGUCUACACGGGCUUCUUCGUCGACCGCGCCGCGGUGCCCGCGCGCGUCGCGUGCGUCGCCAUCGGCCUCCUCAUCGAGCGGACGAUGAUCAACGGCGUCUACGCCGUGCUGCCACCGAUCAGCUACGGCGUCUGGCUCACGGACUACCUGCUGUACUCGCUGCUGCUCAUGGCGGCCGCGGCCGUCGAAUUCGGCUUCGUCAGCUACUUCGUCGGCCGCGAGAAGAUGGGGCACGCGAUCCGCGACGCGAUCAACACGCACGGCCGGGACAUCCUCGCGCGGCUCGACGCCGCCGUCGAAAAGCAGGCGGAGGCCGCGGCGCCCGCGCCGAAGCCCGCGCCGGCGCCCGCGCCGCCGCCGCCCGCGCCGCCGCCGCCCGCGCCGCCGCCGCCGCCGCUGUCGCCGACGGCCAAGUGGGCGGGGAUGCUCGCCUGCCGGCCGGAGGAGGCCCAGCCCGAGCCCCAGCUCAGCGCCAUCGCCGUCUUCCCCGACGACGUCGAGGCGCGCGCGGCCGCGCGGCGCGCGCCGCCGCCCGCGCGCGGCGGCGACGAGGGCCGCGGCGACGCGCGGCGCGACGAGCACGCCGCGGCCAAGGAGACGCUGACCAAGUUCGACCCCUUCGAGCCCACGCUCGCGCGCCUUGCGCCGCCCGCGCGCAUCCUUGUCGAGCGCGUGCGGACGCGCUACCUCGCGGUGCUGCGCGAGGGCCAGUACCGCGUCGGCGAGGAGCAGACGCGGAAGCUCCUCGCGGACUUCAACGUCCGCGUGUCGCAGCGCGUCAUGACGCACCUCUGGGACGCGACGCCCCACGGCGACUCCAUGGACUUUGACGACUUCCUGCGGCUCCUGCUCGACGUCGACGUCCACGUGGAAGUCGCGCUCCAGAAGACGCACACGACGAGCCUCGACUUCAAGAUGCUCCCCCGGUCCCUCCAGCUCGACAUCGUCGCGCGCUACGUGUUCCCCGUCGUCGUCAUCCUGAAGAUGGGCAUCUUCUUCGCGCUCACCAACACCAUGAACGACAACACGACGUUCUGGAGCCCGGACCCGUCGCGGCUCGUCGUCGCGCUGCAGCCCGGCGAGCGCGUCGUCGUCGUCGGGUCCGCCUGGCUGCGCUGCCUCGCCGGCGCCUGCGAGGUCCACGGCCACGCGCUCGAGGCCGGCGCGCCGCGCGUGCAACUCCACUCGACGCGGGCGCUGCCGCCCGUGUCGCUGCGCGGCGUGUCCCCCGGCGCGGGCGACGCCGCGGUCCUCGCCGCGGGCCCGGGCUGGCUGCGGCGCGGCGGCGCGGCGGUCGCGGAGCUCGAGGCCUUCGACGCGGCCGACGGCCUGCGGAGCGGCGCGCGCGACGCGGCGCAGGCCUGGGACGACGGGGCGCACCUACCGCGCGCGCGGCUCGCGGGCUGCGCCGCGUUCCGCGUCGGCGAGGACGGCGGCGGCCUCCGGCCGCUCCUCGAGCCGGCCGCGUGGGCCGGCGCGCGCCGGGCCUUCGCCGCGGCGGGCCGGGCGCCCUGCGGCGUCGUCGUCGGCGCCAAGGGCGCCGGCAAGUCCACGUUCUGCCGCCAGCUCCUCAACGGCCUCGGGAGGGCGGCGCUGCUGGAGCUCGACGUCGGCCAGCCGUCCGCGGGGCCGCCCGCGUGCCUGUCGCUGCGCGUGCUCGACGGCCCGCUGCUCGCGCCGCCCCACCUCUGCGCCCGGGAGCUCGGCGACGUAAAGCGGCGCUACUUCUUCGGCGACAACACGCCCCGCGACGACCCGGGCGGCUACCUCGACGCCGCGGCGGCGCUCCACGGGUUGUGGCUUUCCGAGCUCGCGCCCGCGGGCGUGCCCCUCGUCGUCAACACCUGCGGCUGGGUCACGGGCCUGGGGGCGGAGCUCCUCGCGAAUGUGAUCCGGGCGCUGCGGCCGACGCACGUCUUCGCGGCGGGCGACGCGGCCUUUUGCGCGCGGCGAGGCGCGCCCGUCGCUUCGGCGCUCGACGCGUGCGAUCCGCGGCCGCACCUGCGCUGCCUCGGAAACUUCGCCGACGACGGCGAACACAAGCGGCGGCGCGAGUCCGAGGGGGACCUGGCCGCGCGGCGGCCCGCGGCGCCCGCCGCGCGGCGCGCGCUGCAGCUCGCGUGCUACUUCGCCGAAACGCUCGAAUUCGGCGACGACGGCCCCGCGGCGCGCAACGGCGCCCUCGCGGACCCGCGCGGCGACGUGGCCGACGCCAUCGCGAAAGCGGCGCCGCGCGUCGCGGACUGGCGGCGCCUGAGCGUGGCCUACGUCGGCGGCGCCGCGGACUUCGCGCCGGCGAGCCGCGCCGAGGCCGCGGCGACGCUGCCCUGGUCGCUCGUCGGCCUCGCGCGGAGCGCGGACCUGCCGCGCGACCUCGUCGCCGCCGCCGGCGGCGUGCCCGCGGGGGGCGCGGACGGGCCGGGCGUCUGGCCGCCGGCCGACUGGCUCCAGGCCGCGCCGUGCGCGGGCCUCGCGCUCGUCACGUCCGCGGCGGCGGGCGCCGUGCGGCUCUGGUCGCCCGCGGCGUCGCUCGACGGCUGCGACGUCCUGCUGCGGGGCCGGCUCGCGCCGCCCGUGGACCUGCUGUACCGCGGGCCGGCGCGCCACGGCGCCUUCGCGUUCCUGUCGUCCGAGUCCCUCGACCGCGACGACCUCGCGACGGCGAUGAAGUCGCGGUCCAACAUCGGGCGCAAGGCCCACAAGGCCGACGCCGCGAGCCCAACCGCGACGAGGUGGUGCCCCAAGGAGGCCACGCCGCGCCCAGUCGCACCGCGCGCGCGCCUCCGCCCGCGCCAGACCUCCGCCACCAUCGCCGACCGGUCUCCCAUCACGUACCGCGCGCCCAUGGGCCCGGCGCGCAUCGGCGACCUGCGCCUCUACCUCGGCGACCGCCACGACGCCAAGGACCGGUCGCUCCUGCGGUCGUUGAAGAUCACCGCGGUGCUCAACUGCACGCCGCCCCGCGACGAGUCGAGCACGGGCUGCCCCAACUUCUUCGAGAAGGAACCGGCCAUGCGCUACCGCCGCGUGCCCAUCUUCGACACGCAGGCGGAGGACGCGUCGGGCCAUUUCGACGGCGCGUGCGACUUCAUCGCGUCGCGGCUCCACCACGGCGGCGUGCUCGUGCACUGCAACCGGGGCGUGUCGCGGUCCGCGACCUUCGUCGUCGCGCACCUCAUGACGUCCGCGGGGCUCUCGGUCGACGGGGCGCUCGAUUUGGUCCGCGAGACGCGGCCGUCGCGGCCCGGCGGCGCCGUCGACGGCCGCGCCGUCGGCUUGACGCGGACGACGGCGGGGACGGCCGCGCGGUCCUCGGGCGCGUCCAGGGCGCGCCGCGGCGCCUGGGACGCCGGCGGCGCGGCCGGCGUCGCCGUCGCGGGCCGCGGCGCGCCGCCGCCGUCCGCCGGCUCGACGAGGCGCUUCGGCGGCGCGGAGCAGGGGCGGAUCGCCUUGGGCGGCGGGAAGGUCCGCGGCGGCUGGCGCGGCGCGGGCCGCGGCGCGAAGGCCGGCGACGGCGCCGGCGCCUGGGCGGGGAUGGGGUGGCGCGACAGCGACGCCGACUGGCCCCGGACGGCCAUGGAGCCGCGCUUCUUCUUCUUCGAGGAGGACCGCGCCCUGGGCUUCUCCGGCGGCGGCGCGGGCGCGGCCGCGGACCCGGCCGGAUUCCUCGCGACCAACUUCUCGGGGAACUCCGGGGCCGCGGGCUUCUCGAGCAGCGCGGCGUGCACCGCCCCGAUCGGCGACUCGUGGGCGAGAAGAUCGACGCUCCGCACCCCCCCGAACACCCCCGCGAACCCCAUGGCCGACGCCGAGACCGACGGCGGCACGCGGAUCUGCGGCCGCGUCAUGGCGCCGGAGCUCCUCGAGGCCCACGCGGAGCGCUGCGCGACCGAGGCCUUCGCCGGCGCCGCCGCGUCGCCCGCGCCGCGCGCGCCGCGGCCGCGCGCCGCGUCGACGGCGUCCGCGCCGGCCGAGACCAUCUGGACCGAGCCGAGCGACGACCCGGAGACGCCCCUCGUCGUCACCUUCAUCAACAAGCCGCGGCCCAAGACGCCGCCGCCGAAGAAGCGGCCGCCGCCGCGGGCGAAGGCGCGGCGCGGCCGCGGGCCGCCCGGCGACGCCGAGGUGCUCACGGUCCACGCGGGCAUCACCGUCGAGCUCCGCGACGUCGCGGCGGCGAACCCGGCCAUGGUGCCCGCCGUCGAGGCCGCGGACGAGAGGCUCCGGCGGCUACCGGAGAGCGCGCUCGUCUUCACGAACGGCCGGGGCGAGCCCGACCUCCGCAAGAACGUGGAGUGGCAGCGCCUCGUCGCCGAGGAGGACGCGCUCCUGCGGUCCUACGCGGGCAAGCGGCGCAAGAAGCCGCAAAGCGGCGACCCCGCGGGGAAGCGCGCCAGGGCCGCGGCGCCGCCGCCGCGGCCGGGGCCCCGCGGCUCCGAGCCGCGGCGCAAGCGCACGCCCGGCGGCGCGGAGCUGCUCCGGCGCCUCGCCGACGCCGCGCGCCUGCCCCGGGGCGCCUACGCCGCAAACGACGGCCGCUGCCGGCUCCUCGCGCGCGUCGCCUACAAAGCGGAACUCGCCGUCGACCAGCCGCCGCGGCCCCGGCCCCCGAAGCCCGUCGUCCGCGCGCCCGCGCCCGCGGCGCCACCGCCGGCGCCGGCGCCGGCGCCCCAGAGUGAGAACGCGGCGGCGCGCGAGUACAUCGGCCGCAUGCAGCACGUGCACCGCCUCGACGCGUCCGUCAUCGCUCGGUUCGCGUCGGAGCUCAAGGACUACCAGGACGGCCGCGGCGACAAGGACGCCAUCGUGCGGCGCGUCCACGGGCUGCUCGCGGGCUACCCGGACCUCAUCCGCGACUUCUACAACUUCCUGCCGCCGGGCGACCGCGCGGCCGCGCGCGCGGCCGUCGACCAGCCGCCGCCGGGCGCGCGCGGCCCCUACCGCCAGCCGCCCGCGGCGCCGCCGCCCUACCGCCAGCCGCCCGCGGCGCCGCCGCCGGCGGCGGCGCUCAUGCCGCCCGUGGUCCAGGGCCGGCCGCCGCCCGCGCGCGCGGCGCCGCCGCCGCCCGUCGACUACCUCGCGGCGCCCGCGCGGCCCGCGUCCCUCGCGAAGACGGCCGCGGCGGCGCUCGUCGCCUUCCCCCGCGACGCCGCGACCUUCGCGCUCUUCGCCGACGUCGCCGCCAAGGCCGCCGUGGCCCUCGCGACGAACGCCGCCGCGGACGACGACCUCGUCGCCGCGCUCGCGGCCUUCGGCGCCGCCGCCGGCGCCGCCGCGACGCCGCUCCUCGCGCGCGUCAUCGGCCUCCUCCCGGACGCGACGACGGUCCAGUCCCGCGUCUACGUCGCGCGCAUGCGCAAGCCCACGGCGCUCGCCGAGGUCGCGGACGCGCAGGACCUCCUCUUCGCCGACGGCGGCGCCGAGGCCGCCCCCAUGGACACGUCCGCCUAGGCGCGUCUUGAAACCCCCUUUUACCGCACCUUUCCUUC